ACCUGUUUGUUUAGUUUUGUCAGCUAAUCUCUAUGUUAGAACAUUUCUGUGAAUGCUAUCAUGACCUAUGUAGUUCUAUUCAGUGUGUUGUGCUUGGAAGCAUUAUUCCUCUUCGUUCCAAACUCAAGCGUAAGCUAAUAUGAUUGAUUGAUCUAUGUGCCUCUCUUAUUACUUUUUUGUAUUCCCUUGGUCUUGUGAUACAAUUCAAUCCUUAUAUGGAAAAAUCUUAAUUUGAGGAAAGCCUUAGAUGGCUUCUUUAUGAAAAGAACAAUAUGAAUUUGGGUAUAGAUGGUUUUUCUUUUUUCUUUGUGACAUUUACCACAUUUCUGAUCCCUAUUUAUUUUUUAGUGGGGUGGUAUGCUAUGAGAAGUUACAGGAAAGUUACAACAUCUAUAAUGAUUGUCAUGUUCCCUAUGCUAGAUCCUCUAUUAUUCUAUGUUCUCCCUGAAAGCAUGUUAAUCCAUAUGUCAUGUGGUGCUGAUAAUCUUCUAUUUGCUAGAAAAAAGCUUUUCCAUUGUUGGAGCUCCUACUGUUCCUGCUCUAGCUUCCAUUCCAGCUCCCUUCGCCUUGAAGAUCAUCAAAUUCCAUCCAACUCACUCUGUAGUUUCUAUGUUACUUGCUUUUUGUACUUAUGCAUGUUGGGAAUCUAAUAGAACGAGAUUUUCUAUUU